AUGGCGCACACCCACCCCCACCGGCUGCCCGUGCACGAGAUGAUGCGCACCCACCGGUUGCCCACACACGAGAUGAUGGGCGCCCUCCGGCUGCCCGCGCUGGGGUAUGGCGCCUGCCGGCUACCCGUGCAUGAGAUGACACCGAACGAAGCGCCGUCAAGACUGAGGAAGACCUGCAAACUUCGGGGCCACGUGAGCCACGGCCACGGCCGCAUCGGGAAGCACUGGAAGCACCCUGGAGGCCGAGGUAAUGCUGGUGGUUUGCAUCACCACAGGAUCAACUUUGACAAAUACCAUCCAGGUUAUUUUGGGAAGGUUGGUAUGAGACAUUACCACCUGAAGCGGAAUCAGAGCUUCUGCCCAACUGUUACCCUUGACAAAUUAUGGACUUUGGUCAGUGAGCAGACAAGGAUAAAUGCUGCAAAAAACAAGACUGGAGCUGCUCCGAUCAUUGAUGUGGUUCGAUCGGGUUACUACAAAGUCUUGGGGAAGGGAAAGCUCCCGAAGCAACCAGUCAUUGUAAAGGCCAAAUUCUUCAGCAGAAGAGCUGAGGAGAAGAUUAAGGGGGUUGGGGGGGCCUGUGUCCUGGUGGCUUGA